UAUAGCAUAUGUAAAGGAAAGCGUAACCACGGAUACUCGUAAAAAUUACCGCUGAAAUAUUGACUGUGGUUAAUUAUUUCUGUCUGACGUACUCUAAGAAUGACACUUUUUUCUUGAUCAAUACAAAAUGCUGCCUUUAAUACUGACAACCUUUACGUUGAAGUUCCCUGACGGAAGUUCCUAACCCUGCUUUAGAGCGCAGGCCAGGGCGGCUAGUAGCGAGCUAACAGGGAGUCCGCUGCUGCCACCUCAACAUGGAGUAGCAAGAGCCCCGCGUUGACUGCCGAGAAGCGGACCGCACAGAGAUAAAGACAGAGACAAAUGACGCUUUUGUAGCUGAAAAAGGGACGCACGGCUUGUAUUUGAAAGAUGGCGAACGACUCCCCGGCUAAAAGUCUAGUAGACAUCGACUUGGCUUCACUGCGGGACCCAGCCGGGAUAUUUGAAUUGGUGGAGGUGGUUGGAAAUGGGACCUACGGACAAGUAUACAAGGGACGACAUGUUAAGACUGGGCAGCUGGCCGCCAUCAAGGUCAUGGACGUCACAGAGGAUGAAGAAGAGGAAAUUAAAUUGGAGAUUAAUAUGCUGAAGAAGUAUUCCCAUCACAGAAACAUCGCCACCUACUACGGGGCUUUCAUUAAAAAGAGUCCACCGGGACAUGACGACCAGCUUUGGUUGGUGAUGGAGUUCUGUGGAGCUGGCUCCAUCACAGACCUGGUGAAGAACACCAAGGGGAACCAGCUGAAGGAAGACUGGAUUGCCUACAUCUCCAGAGAAAUCCUUAGAGGACUGGCUCACUUACACGCCCACCAUGUGAUCCACCGUGACAUCAAGGGACAGAAUGUCCUGUUGACUGAGAAUGCCGAAGUGAAAUUAGUGGACUUUGGUGUGAGUGCCCAGCUGGAUCGCACUGUAGGAAGGAGAAACACCUUCAUUGGUACUCCCUAUUGGAUGGCCCCUGAGGUCAUUGCUUGCGACGAAAACCCUGAUGCGACGUACGACUACAGAAGUGACCUGUGGUCUUGUGGCAUCACAGCAAUUGAGAUGGCCGAAGGAGCGCCACCGCUUUGUGACAUGCACCCAAUGAGAGCACUCUUCCUGAUUCCAAGAAACCCCCCUCCGAGACUGAAAUCCAAAAAAUGGUCCAAAAAGUUUUUCAGUUUCAUCGAGAGCUGUCUCGUGAAGAACUACACACAGCGGCCACCAACAGAACAGCUGCUCAAACACCCCUUCAUCCGAGACCAGCCCAAUGAGAGGCAGGUCCGAAUUCAGCUGAAAGACCACAUCGAUCGCACCAAGAAGAAGAGGGGUGAAAAAGACGAGACAGAGUAUGAGUACAGUGGCAGUGAGGAGGAGGAGGAGGAUCCCCCAGAACAGGAGGGAGAACCAAGCUCCAUCGUUAAUGUCCCGGGUGAGUCCACGCUGCGCAGAGACUUCAUCCGCCUGCAGCAGGAAAAUAAAGAGAGGUCAGAGGCACUUCGUCGUCAGCAACUUUUGCAGGAGCAGCAGCUUCGCGAACAGGAAGAGUACAAGCGUCAACUACUGGCUGAGAGGCAGAAGCGUAUCGAGCAGCAGAAGGAGCAGCGACGGCGACUGGAGGAGCAACAGAGACGCGAACGGGAGAUGAGACGGCAACAGGAGCGGGACCAGCGUCGGCGGGAGCAAGAGGAAAAGAGGCGCAUUGAGGAGAUGGAUCGCAGGCGCAAAGAGGAGGAGGAGCGCCGGCGUGCUGAGGACGAGAAGAGGAGGAAUGACCGUGAACAGGAGUACAUCCGACGGCAGCUAGAGGAGGAGCAGAGACACUUGGAGAUGCUACAGGAGCAGCUGCUGCGUGAACAGGCCAUGUUGUUGGGGUUCAAGUGGCGCGAGCUGGAGGAGCAGCGCAAGGCUGAGCGGCUUCACAAGCGGCUGCAUCAGGAACAGGUUUACCUGCUGUCACUCCAGCGUGCAUCCCAACAGCAGCUUGGCGACAAGUCCAAAGUCCCCUCAGACCAUAGCAAACCUCCUCCAAUGACCUCCCAGCCCCCCGACAGAGUCCUCACCCUGCCCCCACAGGCUCUGGUCCUUGGCAGUGCCACCGUUGCCAGGGACUCGUCUGAGAGCUCUGGUGUGCACCCUGACUGCGUUAAAGCUCAGGCACCUGUGUUGGAGGAAAGUGACCCUGAUGAGGACUUCAGCAGCAGGCUCACCUCCCGUAGUCCCAGCCCUCCUCAUGAACCCACCAUUAACUCCAAACCUCCCCUAGGAGAACAUGCUGACCCUGAUAGACCUGUCAGUCAUCCUCCACAGCCUAUCAGAGAGGCUGAUGAACGGUACCGUAAGAACAUUCAGGGCUCCCCUCAGACCGCCCCUCCUCCCAAGCAACCCCCUCUACCCCCCCGCUCCGCUGAACCCUUUUCCAACGGUAGCUCAUCUGAGGCCUCUGCCAUGCACCGGCCCAUGGAGCCUCAGGUCCAGUGGUCUCACCUUGCCGCUCUAAAGAGUAGCAACAGUGCCGCCCCUUCUCCGCCUCCUCCUCCUCCGCCCGUGGUCGCUCGCUCCCAGUCCUUCAGUGAGCCCGGUGGUGUUACUGCUAACUUUGCACAACUCCACAUGCGCUCCCAGGAUCCCCACCAUCACCACCAUCACCACCCAUCGCCUGCCCGCACUGAAUCCCAGCCCCAACCGCCCCUCCACCAGCCUCUGGCCCCGCCCAGUGACGAAGUGCCACCCAAGGUACCGGUGAGAACAACGUCCCGAUCCCCUGUACUGUCGCGCCGAGAGUCUCCACUACCAUCGCAGCCUAGUGGCCAGAGGAGCGCAUCUGGUAAUGUGGAGCACCGCCCUCUGUGGGACCGUGUGGAGAAGCUGCAGCCUCGGCCUGGCAGCGGCAGCUCCUCUGGCUCCUCCAACUCCAGCGCCCAGGCCAGUCCUGGGGACCGCUUCAGGCCACGCUCGUCCUCCAAAUCUGAAGGAUCGCCUCUCCAGCGCCCCGAGAGCGUUCCCAAAAAAGCAGAUGAAAAGAACUUCGCCAGGCCUACUCGACCUGCUGACCUGACAGCCCUUGCCAAGGAACUCCGCGCAGUGGACGACGUGCGGCCUCCCCACAAAGUGACCGACUAUUCUUCCUCAAGCGAGGAGUCCGGCACCACCGAUGAGGAGGAUGAUGAAGAAGUAGACCAGGAGGCGGGAGAGGAGUCCACUUCGGGGGCAGAGGACUCUCGGUCUGGGAGAAUGAGUAAUGGAGAAAGUGGGUCUGCUAAAACAAUGCUGGUGGAAGACUCAGAGAGUGAGCAGGCCACUACACCCUCAAAGGAUGGUACGCUGGUCAUCAGACAGAGCACCGCUGAUAUAAAGCAGUUGGUCAGUCUCUCCUCUUCCCCGGCCGGCACCACUCACGGCCAGCCCCUACCCCCCAGCCACACCUUCCAAGAGAAGAAUGGCUUCGCUGGCCGCAUUCACCACCUACCAGACCUUAUCCAGCAGAGCCAUCACUCCCCAUCCUCUUCCACAUCCAUGCUUUCCUCCUUCUCCUCCUUCUCAUCAUCUCCGAGCCAUGCCAGUCUGGCCAUGUCCCCACAGAACGCCCUGGACAAGCUUGUUGCCGUUGAGAGCCAGUCGGAGAGCAAUUCCAUGUCCAAACACAAAUCUUCCUCCUCCUUCACUCCCUUCAUCGACCCUCGCCUUCUCCAGAUCUCCCCAUCCAGCGGCAGCUCACUCAACAACAUGGCCGGAUUUGGGCAGGACGUACGUCUAGCAGACCCGUUGAGGUCUGACCCGUCCCGCAAAGGCUCGGUGGUUAAUGUCAACCCUGUCAACACGCGCCCGCCCAGCGACACGCCAGAGAUCCGCAAAUAUAAGAAGCGCUUCAACUCGGAGAUCCUGUGCGCUGCUCUUUGGGGCGUCAACCUGCUGGUUGGGACCGAGAGCGGCCUGAUGCUGCUGGACCGCAGCGGUCAGGGGAAAGUGUACCCGCUGAUCAACCGGCGGCGCAUCCAGCAAAUGGACGUCCUGGAGGGACUUAAUGUCCUGGUCACCAUAUCGGGCAAAAAGAACAAGCUGCGAGUUUAUUACCUGUCGUGGCUUCGGAACAAGAUCCUGCAUAAUGACCCAGAGGUGGAGAAGAAGCAGGGUUGGGUUAAUGUGGGCGACCUGGAGGGCUGUGUCCAUUACAAAGUUGUAAAAUACGAGAGGAUUAAAUUCUUAGUGCUGGCCUUGAAGAACUCUGUGGAGGUUUACGCUUGGGCCCCCAAACCGUACCACAAGUUCAUGGCCUUUAAGUCGUUUGGCGACCUGGUGCACAAGCCUCUGCUGGUGGACCUGACAGUGGAGGAAGGUCAGAGGUUAAAGGUCAUCUAUGGCUCCUGCUCAGGCUUCCAUGCUGUGGAUGUGGACUCGGGCGCCGUCUACGACAUCUACUUACCCACUCACAUCCAGACCAGCAUUCAGUGCCACGCCAUCAUCAUCCUGCCCAACACCGAUGGGAUCGAGCUGCUGGUGUGCUACGAGGACGAGGGCGUCUACGUCAACACCUACGGGCGCAUCACCAAGGACGUGGUGCUGCAGUGGGGGGAAAUGCCGACUUCAGUGGCCUACAUUAGGUCGAACCAGAUCAUGGGCUGGGGCGAGAAGGCCAUCGAGAUCCGCUCAGUGGAGACCGGCCACCUGGAUGGCGUCUUUAUGCACAAGAGAGCCCAGAGACUCAAGUUCCUGUGUGAGAGGAACGACAAGGUGUUCUUCGCCUCAGUGCGGGCCGGUGGUGCUAGUCAGGUGUACUUCAUGACCCUGGGACGCACUUCGCUCAUGAGCUGGUAGUCACUGACGCCGUGACCGACAUGACGACUAUGAAGAUGCUUGCUCGUACGUGUUUGGACGAUAAUGAAUAGCCAAUGGGGGGGGCGGGGUGUUGCGUUUUGUGUUUGUGUGCGCGCACGCGCAGUGCGUGUUCUAGUAAACUAUAUUCUCACAGAACAUCCUUUGAGCCAAGCCUGCCUCCUCCCCUUGACCUUUGUGGGAUGUGUACACGUUUUGUGUCCUUGUGCAGCCUUGCGUCAUGGGUGUGCACGCGCGUGCGCAAGGUCAGUGCAGGGCCCUGGGCAGGUGCUCAGCUGAGGAUGAACCAUGCACACACACACACACACACACACACACGCCACUCAUUGUUUGGUUUGUUUUUAGUUCAGGUGGCGCAAGCUCCUCCUCCCCCCACUCAACGGUCACCUAACACUUGUUUGCCUUCUUGAAGGUGUUGUAGUGGGUAAUGGUGAUCAUGACAGGGUAAUGGAUUAUCAGCGCCACCACCUUCCAAGCAUCUUCUCUUACACUGUAUAUGUCCUACGUGGUGACCGUCACGCUUAUUUAUCGUCCACCAAACAACGAAAUUGACCCAAAUUGAUCUUUUCAUUCUUUCUUGAGGUGGAUCGUUCCUUCACCGUCAAUAUAGGGUAAGGAUAGACUGUGAAUUCGAUUUAGAGUCAGCAGGUGGCCGACCACAAAGGAACAAGGCUUGUGUGCAUGUGAGCGUCGCAGUCCAUGGACACCAUAGCUUCCAAGCUCAGGUUGCCUUAUUAAAGUCUCCAGCAGAGUAAAUCUGCUGAGAAUCCGCAUGUAGGGUUUAUGGAGCCUAAAAGUUGAAGGAAGGCUUUAGUUGGAUACAAAAAUGGACCUUGUUUUGCCGAUUUUUAGCUUUGGUUUGCUUCCUGUGUUUUUUUUUUUUUUGUUUUUUUUUGUGUGUCCCAUCAAAUCUGACAAGGCCGCUGUCGUUCGUCACCUCGUGUCACCAUCGUCGUAUCCUGCAGUGCGUAACAUUCAUUUCCAACUUCCCCAGCUCAUCAGCAAUGGUGGUGCCUUCACUGACCUCACACACACACACACACACACACACACACACACACACACACACACACACACAGAGAA